AUGGCUGCAAUACGGAAACGUGCUGCUACAGAUCCUCAUGAAAGUGGUGACGCACUGCCUAUGAAGCGAUCAAUAGCUGAAGAUCAGAUUCCGAUGUCAUUAGCGUUGAAGACGCCAGCACCAUACAGCGAUGAGGAACCAGCUAUCGCCGAGAGAAAUCGUGUGGAUUAUUCGAAAAAAAUCACUAUAGCAAUGGCAAAGGCUAAUACAGGCAAUAUAUUUUUUAUUACACGUGAAUUUUGGGAACUUUGA